UCUGAUUUUAAAAGAACUGUAAUAUUCUUUGCUAUCCAUUUUCAAAAGCUAGGAAAUGUCUCAGAAUGAACAAAAUCACGUUAUAUUUCGUUCUAACUUUUACUUCCUUUCACAGGCUUUUAUUUUUGAAACAGCAGGAAGUAGCAACUAGUUAGCAGUAGCUUAAUUUCUCACGAAGCCUUCGAAGGGCAGUCGAUGAUUAAAUGAGGCAGGACUUGACGAAAGUUGUGGCAACCUAAAAAUAUCUCCUUUAUGAUGACACCACGUAUCAGCCCAAUUAAAGAUGCAAUGCAUCAUGUUAUUUCGCAAACUGACAAAACAUCAAAGCUAGAGGUGAAGUACAUCAAUGCAGUGAAAGGACGUGGUAUCUUUGCAAAAACUUCAAUUUACAAAGAAGAGUUUGUAGUUGAAUAUCGGGGAGAAAGGAUCACUGAAGAUGAAGCAGAAAGGAGGCGGAGAGUGUACCAUCCUGAUUGUGCUGCCUUUAUGUUUGCAUUUAAGUGGCAAGGCAAAACGUGGUGCAUUGAUGCCUCAAGAGAAGAUGGAUCCCUUGGUAGACUCAUAAAUGAUGACCACAAACAACCAAACUGCAGAAUGAAAAAAAUUACUGUAAAUGGAAAACCCCACCUUUGUUUAUUUGCCUUGAAUGAAAUAAAAAAAGGGGAAGAAAUAACCUAUGAUUAUGGAGGCACAGAUUGCCCAUGGAGAACACAGCCAUCCACCACAGCAAGUGUGGAACAGACACAAAUGGAUUCCAGUCUUCCGCUACCUCAUUCAGGCUCACAGCGGCCCAACGGUGGCCCUGAGGAUGAAAGACCUUCUAAACAGCCAUCCACCACAGCAAGUGUGGAACAGACACAAAUGGAUUCCAGUCUUCCGCUACCUCAUUCAGGCUCACAGCGGCCCAACGGUGGCCCUGAGGAUGAAAGACCUUCUAAACAGCCAUCCACCACAGCAAGUGUGGAACAGACACAAAUGGAUUCCAGUCUUCCGCUACCUCAUUCAGGCUCACAGUGGCCCAACGGUGGCCCUGAGGAUGAAAGACCUUCUAAACAGCCAUCCACCACAGCAAGUGUGGAACAGACACAAUUGGAUUCCAGUCUUCCGCUACCUCAUUCAGGCUCACAGCGGCCCAACGGUGGCCCUGAGGAUGAAAGACCUUCUAAACAGCCAUCCACCACAGCAAGUGUGGAACAGACACAAAUGGAUUCCAGUCUUCCGCUACCUCAUUCAGGCUCACAGCGGCCCAACGGUUGCCCUGAGGAUGAAAGACCUUCUAAACAGCCAUCCACCACAGCAAGUGUGGAACAGACACAAAUGGAUUCCAGUCUUCCGCUACCUCAUUCAGGCUCACAGCGGCCCAACGGUGGCCCUGAGGAUGAAAGACCUUCUAAACAGCCAUCCACCACAGCAAGUGUGGAACAGACACAAAUGGAUUCCAGUCUUCCGCUACCUCAUUCAGGCUCACAGCGGCCCAACGGUUGCCCUGAGGAUGAAAGACCUUCUAAACAGCCAUCCACCACAGCAAGUGUGGAACAGACACAAAUGGAUUCCAGUCUUCCGCUACCUCAUUCAGGCUCACAGCGGCCCAACGGUGGCCCUGAGGAUGAAAGACCUUCUAAACAGCCAUCCACCACAGCAAGUGUGGAACAGACACAAAUGGAUUCCAGUCUUCCGCUACCUCAUUCAGGCUCACAGCGGCCCAACGGUUGCCCUGAGGAUGAAAGACCUUCUAAACAGCCAUCCACCACAGCAAGUGUGGAACAGACACAAAUGGAUUCCAGUCUUCCGCUACCUCAUUCAGGCUCACAGCGGCCCAACGGUUGCCCUGAGGAUGAAAGACCUUCUAAACAGCCAUCCACCACAGCAAGUGUGGAACAGACACAAAUGGAUUCCAGUCUUCCGCUACCUCAUUCAGGCUCACAGCGGCCCAACGGUGGCCCUGAGGAUGAAAGACCUUCUAAACAGCCAUCCACCACAGCAAGUGUGGAACAGACACAAAUGGAUUCCAGUCUUCCGCUACCUCAUUCAGGCUCACAGCGGCCCAACGGUGGCCCUGAGGAUGAAAGACCUUCUAAACAGCCAUCCACCACAGCAAGUGUGGAACAGACACAAAUGGAUUCCAGUCUUCCGCUACCUCAUUCAGGCUCACAGCGGCCCAACGGUGGCCCUGAGGAUGAAAGACCUUCUAAACAGCCAUCCACCACAGCAAGUGUGGAACAGACACAAAUGGAUUCCAGUCUUCCGCUACCUCAUUCAGGCUCACAGCGGCCCAACGGUGGCCCUGAGGAUGAAAGACCUUCUAAACAGAGUUUCACACAGUUUCCAGAUGAAAAUGAAACAAUACCCAGAUUGCGGCGUACUAAAAGUGUUGCUAUAAAAUAUGUGGAUCUUGAAGAUUCUGGUGACCUUUUUGACUCUGCAUCGGGUAGUGGUGAAGAGUAUGUUCCAGAUUCAUCUGAUGAAAGUGAUAUUGGCAGUGGGGAAUUAAAUACGCAACCCACUGAUUCCCAUAAAGAUUGGCCUGCACAAUUUUUACCUUCAGAAACUCUUAUGGAGUGUGACAGUACAUCUGAUAAUCACAAGGUUAUCUCACACAAUGAUUCUUAUGACAAAACAAGCUCUACGGAAGGCAUAGUUGUUGGUACAAGCAAAAAAAAUGAAGGAAAAAGAGUCUAUGACAAAAGACAUUAUUGUUUGUACUGCUGCCAACCAUAUGCUAAGAUGGCAAGACAUCUACAACGUUCACAUGAAGAUAAAAUUGAUGUGGCUAAAGCACUAAGCUUUCCAAAGGGUUCCAAGGAGCGAAAAAAACAUCUCAACUUCAUCCGAAACAAAGGAAAUUUUGCCCACAAUGCUUCUGUAAUGGAGUCAGGAGAUGGAGUGCUGGUACCAUUCAAGCGACCAAAGGAAGAAAUGAAGGGUAAAGAAUUUAUGCACUGUGCAUAUUGCCAAGGUCUUUUCACUAGAAAAGUACUAUGGCGGCACAUGCGCAGAUGUGCACUCAGACCGGAAUCAGCCCGUUUAAAACCAGGCAAAAAUCGUGUGCAAUCCUUAUGCACUUAUGUUGGCGCUGUCCCGUCCAACAUUAGUAAAGAUUUGUGGAAAACAAUCAGCGCAAUGACUCCUGAUCCAAUUACAGAUAUCAUCAAGGAUGACUCUGUGAUUGUUGAGUUGGGGCAACAUCUGUUGAACAAGGGAGGCACUUCUCCAAGAAAUCAACAGUGUGUUCGCGAGAAAAUGAGGGAAAUGGGAAGGUUGAUGUACAAUGCCAGGAAAUAUACAAGCUUGAAAAAAAUGGAAGAUCUUAUCGAUCCAAAGAACUACAUGGAAAUGGUGGAAGCAGUUCAGCUUACAUGUGGUUUUGAUAGUAAAACAAACAAGUACAAGAUUCCUUCGCUAGCUAACAAACUUGGAAAUUCUCUUGUUAAAGUUAGUAAACUCUUAAAAGCACAGGGUUUGAUGUUGAACAACUCAGAACUUGUGAGAAAGGCCACUGAGUUUCAAACUGUCCAUCAAGAGAAAUGGAAUGAACUAAUCUCUGCUACUGCCCUAAGAAACAUCAGAGAGGCUAAAUGGAACGUACCUACUCUCAUGCCUUUUACCCAAGACGUUCAGAAACUGCAUGCACAUCUGAAUCAGAUUCAAGAUGAAUGUUGCAGUUCUCUAUCUGAAAGCCCCUCCACAAAAGCCUGGACCGAGUUGACCAAGGCAUCACUUGCCCAGAUCAUUCUGUUCAAUCGUCGCAGAGAAGGAGAAGUUGCAAGCAUGCCUUUGGAGGUUUUUUUAUCACGAGAUACUUCUCACCAACACCAAGAUGUUGACUGGGCACUCACUGAAGUAGAAAAAAAACUCUGCCAGCACUUCUCAAGGAUUGUCACCAGAGGAAAACGAGGACGGCCAGUUCCGAUUCUUCUAACACCUAAAAUGUUGUCUUCUUUAGAACUCCUUGUAAAACUGAGGGAAGCCUGUGGAGUUCCAAAAGACAACUUGUAUUUGUUUGCUAGAACAGAAGCCAUGACACAUUUCAGAGGUUCAGACUGCCUCCGUACCUUUGCAAAAGCAUGUGGGGCCAAGUCUUCAAGGUCACUGACAUCUACCAAAUUACGAAAACAUGCUGCAACACUUUCAACUGUCUUGAACAUGACUGACACAGAAAUGGACCAACUGGCUAAUUUCCUGGGUCAUGAUAUUAGAAUUCAUAGAGAGUUCUACAGGCUUCCAGAGAAGACCCUACAGCUUGCAAAGAUUAGCAAAGUGUUGAUGGCCCUGGAAAAUGGAAGACUGGCAGAGUUUCAUGGGAAGAACUUGGAUGAAAUUCAGAUAGACCCAGAAGAAAAUAUUCUCAACUUGGAUGAGGAGGAUGAUGACAACGAAAAUGACGAUAAUGAAGACCACAACAACAGUGCUGUGGAGGGAAACUCCUCUGCUAUUGAACCAUCAGCAGUGCAAAUCCUUCAAGAUCGGGACAAGGCAACAAUACCACCACCAUCCAAGAAACGUAAACCGCCACCCUCAUCCUCAUCAGAUGAUGAUCAGGAGGAGAUCCCAUUGCAAGUCAGCACCAAAAGGGCUUCCUCCAGAGGAAAAGCACCAGUGAAGAGAUCUCCUUGGACCCCAGAAGAAGUACAGGCUGUGGAAAGACACCUGAAGACUUUCAUCAAAUCUUUCACUGUACCAGGAAAGUUUAUUUCUUUCAUCAUUUGGUGAUUGAAUAGCUUAUUGUUUGCAGGUCAAUAAAAGGUAUUCUGCAAUGAUUUCCAUAGAAUCUAUUUUUACAUGUCUGUUGCAUAUGUCUGUACAAGUUAUUGAUGAUUUAAUUUUAAUCUACAAUAUAAUAGAAAACUUUAUUUGUCCCACAUUAGGGAAACUGCAAUGCUGCAGCAGCAGAAGUACAGCAAACAAAUAGAAAUGUUUACAGACAUAAACACAGGAUAAACAGACAGUACAGGAGUUAAAGAAAGAAAAAAAAAAGACAAGUAGUAAAUAAAUAUAAACAGUUAUUUGACAGGGUAAAUGAGUACAGUAUAUGGUUAUGGCUGACUAAAUAUCUCAAGAAAUUGAAGGUCCCCACUUGGUAAGUUUUGACGUGUAAAAUAUGCUAAUAUUAUGUAAAUCUGGUCCCCAUUUGCCAUGUUUAUUAGAAAGUAAAUGAGUCCCCAUUAAGCAUCAUCCAAACAGGUUGAUGAACUUACUUUUGAAAUUCAGUCAUUUGAAGCUGUGUAUAGGAUGAUAACACUUCAAAU